GGGAAAACGCUCGGUUUUGGCGCCAAAGGAGGUGUGUGGAGAGCGUUGCGAUCGGGGCCGGCGUUUGGGGUCGCCGCCGGGGGUCUUUUAGGAUCCAUUCGGGAUCCCGGUUUCCGCCUGUUUGCUACCGCCUCCCGGCACCAUGGCAGCCCCGGCGGGCGGGUUGGACGACGCGGAGCUGCGAGAAGCUCAGCGGGAUUACCUGGAUUUCCUGGACGAUGAGGAAGAUCAAGGGGUUUAUCACGGCAAAGUACGCGACAUGAUCAGCGACAACCAGAACCGCCUGCUGGUCAACAUCAACGACCUGCGAAGGAGGAACGAGAAGAGAGCCAGCCAGCUUUUGAACAACGCCUUUGAGGAGCUCAUCGCCUUCCAACGUGCUCUGAAGGACUUUGUUGCCUCUGUUGAUGCCACCUAUGCCAAGCAGUAUGAGGACUUCUACAUUGGGCUGGAGGGCAGCUUUGGUUCCAAGCACGUCUCGCCACGGACGCUGACUGCCUGCUUCCUGAGCUGCAUUGUUUGUGUGGAGGGCAUCGUGACUAAGUGCUCUCUGAUUCGUCCUAAGGUUGUCCGGAGUGUCCAUUAUUGCCCAGCCACCAAGAAGACUAUUGAGCGCCGAUACACAGACUUGACAUCCCUGGAUGCUUUCCCUUCCAGCUCUGUCUACCCUACAAAGGAUGAGGAGAAUAACCCCCUGGAGACAGAGUUUGGCCUCUCAGUCUACAAGGACCAUCAGACCAUCUCCAUCCAGGAGAUGCCUGAGAAGGCACCAGCAGGGCAGCUGCCACGCUCAGUGGAUGUCAUUCUGGAUGAUGACCUGGUGGACAAAGUGAAGCCUGGAGAUCGCAUCCAGGUGGUCGGGACGUAUCGCUGCCUGCCAGGAAAGAAAGGAGGUUACACAUCAGGGACAUUCAGGACUAUCCUCAUUGCCUGCCAUAUCAAGCAGAUGAGCAAAGAUGCUCGGCCUCUCUACUCUGCUACUGAUGUGGCCAAGAUCAAGAGGUUCAGCAGGAGUCACUCUAAGGAUAUCUUUGACCAGCUGGCCAGAUCCCUGGCACCCAGCAUCCACGGGCACGAGUUCAUCAAGAAGGCCCUUCUGUGCAUGCUGCUUGGAGGGGUGGAGAAGGUCCUGGAGAACGGGAGCCGCAUCCGAGGAGACAUCAACAUCUUGCUGAUAGGAGACCCUUCUGUGGCCAAAUCCCAGCUGCUGCGCUAUGUGCUGAGCACUGCUCCCCGUGCCAUUGGCACUACUGGCAGGGGCUCCUCUGGUGUUGGCUUGACUGCUGCUGUCACCACCGACCAAGAAACCGGUGAACGGCGUCUGGAAGCGGGGGCCAUGGUGUUGGCUGACAGGGGUGUGGUGUGCAUCGAUGAGUUUGACAAGAUGUCUGACAUUGACCGCACGGCCAUCCACGAGGUGAUGGAGCAGGGCCGUGUCACCAUCGCCAAGGCCGGCAUCCACGCUCGCCUCAACUCCCGCUGCAGCGUCCUGGCAGCUGCCAACCCUGUCUAUGGCCGGUACGACCAAUACAAGACGCCCAUGGAGAACAUUGGACUGCAGGACUCCUUGCUCUCCCGUUUCGACCUGCUCUUCAUCAUGCUGGACCAGAUGGACUCUGAGCAGGACAGGGAGAUCUCGGAUCACGUCCUGCGAAUGCACCGCUAUCGCAACCCCAAUGAGCAGGAUGGGGAUGCCAUGCCCCUGGGCAGCGCCGUGGAGAUCCUGGCUACGGAUGACCCUGAUUUUGCACAGGAGGAGGAACAGGAGCUCCAAGUGUAUGAGAAACACGAUGAGCUCCUGCAUGGGCCCAACCGCCGCAGGGAGAAGAUCGUCAGCAUGGAGUUCAUGAGGAAGUACAUCCACGUGGCAAAAAUGAUCAAGCCUGUCUUGACCCAGGAAUCAGCAGAUUACAUAGCAGAGGAAUACUCACGCCUGCGCAGCCAGAACCAGAUGAACUCGGACAUUGCCAGGACCUCCCCAGUCACAGCCCGUACCCUGGAGACAUUGAUCCGCCUCUCCACGGCCCAUGCUAAGGCCAGGAUGAACAAGACUAUUGAUCUGCAGGAUGCAGAGGCAGCUUUGGAGCUGGUGCAGUUUGCCUACUUCAAAAAGGUGCUGGAAAAGGAGAAGAAGCGCAAAAAGCAGGUGGAGGAUGACUCGGAGACGGAGAAGGAGGAGGAGGAGACGCAGCCUGAGAAGGAGGGCAGGAAGCAAAGGAGGAAGAAAGCACGCACAGAAGGCGAGGAGGAAUCCUACGACCCCUAUGACUUCAGUGACACUGAGCAGGAGAUGCCAGAGGUCCAGGCACAUACUCCCAAGACACCUGAAGCCUCGACUACUGGGGAAGCAAAGAAGCCAGAGUUGUCCGACCCACGGUGAGUGGGGGCUGGAAAAGCAGCAGGAGGAUGUUUGUCCUUCCCUGCUCCAUAG